GUGGAAUGGAAGGAUUUUAUUUUUGGUAAGCGGCCCAUGUGAAGUUUAUUAUUUAUUUAUUUUGGUUCUUUUUGCUUCAGCUCCUUUGGCUGAAUGAAGCACUGCUGUAUUUUUAUUGCAUACCCCAUCAUUAAAAGAAAUUGAAAAGAUGCUUGUUAGUUUUCAUAUUGCAGAGAUGGAACUCUAUCGGGCGCUUUUAGGAACAAUUACAAUUCCUAAUAGUGCAUUUUAAGAAGGAGUCUGGUUUUGUUCUUGAUUUGAAAAAAGAGAGGACUUUCUUAAAUUCGCUCUAAUUGGAUAAUCAUGUUUCUUGGGGAGCAGGUCUCUGCUUAGCAUGACCCUGCUUUUAUUGACUCAUUGCAUGUUGCUUUCCAGCCUGUGGGAGGCGAGCUCGCUCUGGGGCCACAUGACGGCCUUUCAACUGUUGGUAAAUAAUCCAGGUAAAGCUGCUUCCAAGUGCAAGCUGUCCCUCCUUCUCCAUAACCCGUAGGCUUCUUUAACGACGGGUCCCUUUCCAUAAACUAUGUAUGGCUUAAACUGUUCCAACUCUAGUGCCCUUGAACGCAAACCAAAUACUCAGGUGGCUUCUGGCAUCUGAACGCGCACCUCAGUCCCCAGAAGAUGGUGGUAAAUGGUCCUGGGCAGACGUAGCUGUUCCUGUGUCCACCCCACAGCUAUUUUUGCAAAGGAAUAUUACUGUAUAUAAAAUAGAUAGGUAACAAGGGCCCACUGUAUAGCCCAGGAAAAUCUACUCAACACGGUACAGUAACCUCUGAGGGAGAGGCAUCUGAAAAGGAACCGAUAUAUGCAUAUGUAUAACUGAUGGAUUCUGCUGUACACCUGAAACUAACACAACUUUGUAAGUCAACUACACUCCGGUAAAAUUUAUUUAAAAAAAAUAGCUGUUCAGAACCUGGAGACCCUCUGGAAAGAUGAUGGGUCAUUUGACGGCUCGCAAGUAUCCUUUCCCGAUGACCUUUAUAGGAAGAAGGGCAGGAGUUGUGGCAGUGACCUUUAUCUUCACAUGUGUAUCAAGAAACAGUGCAUCCGUGUUCAGCUUUCAGAACAUUUGGGUGUGAACGCUUUGCAGCGGUUACUAAUCAUUGAAUAUAAUAGAUGAGAAAGGCCCAGCCCCUUGGCCACUUAUCUGAAGUCUGGCUUAAAGCAGAUUUGUUAAAUUUGCUAAGCCUCAGGAUGCUUCUCUGGAUGACUGGGGUGGGGAGACUGUGUGUGUGGUAGCCUGUGGGCCAUCAGCGGGAUUCCUGUCUUUGCACUUGGCCCAUGGCCUGGCUUUAAGUACGUGCUCAGUGAAUGUGAGAAAGAGCCACGGCGAUAGGGAUCCUGCUAACACCGGUUCCCUUUAUAGCUUUCAGGGGUGGCCUGGUGAAAGAUGAGUUACCGAGUUGGACAGAAAGGGAAGUUAGGGCAUUUUUGGUACUUGUUUGAAAGGCACUUGCAUGUAGGUAUGUAUGAAAAAAUUCAAAAUAGCCAUGUCAUUUUCAAGAAGUAGAUUUAUUGACGUCUCCAUAAAGCCUAAUAUCAUUGCGAGGGGUUAUCGAUAGGUGUAGCAGUAACCAAGCAGGCACUUCUGGUUUUAAGACACGGAUUACAUCGUUUAAAACAAGACUACAGGUGAUCAAUUUGUAGGAUAAUUUUUCAGUUUCUAUAUACUUUGUUUGAACUCGUAUUUACUGUAAGGGUCUUACUUAGGAUAGCAUUGGAACCAGGAGAAAAAUAAAUCAGCUCCUUCUACACUCUGUAAUGCUCAGGAAAUAUGGAAACAUGAAGAAAAAAUAAUCCAGGGAAAUAUUUUCAUGUUAUUUGGUGCAAUUUUUAAUGAUUAAAAAAAAGGUGUAUAUGUGUCUUCCUGGCCUCUUUCUUUCCUCCAAAAACUUGGAUCCUUCAAAACAAUUUGGAGGCGUGGUGGUUUGCUGGGUAAGGGAGGGGACUCUGAAUUUCAGUUCAGGCUCCGUCUCCUCCCAGCUGUGUUUUCUUGGAUAAAUAUGCCUUCGUUUUUGUGUCUGUGCAAAUGAGGAUCACAGGCGUAUUUAGCUCAUGGGCUUGGCGUGUAAUGCAUGUCGCAGUUCUUAGACUUCAGUGAAAUUCUUUCCCAUAUUCAUUAAAGCCCUCGAUUGUACUGGAUGUAGUGACAUCAGUGUAUUUUCCUGUUUUUAAGGUUUCAUUGCGGCAGAGUUGACCUACAGCGUUGUGCUCAGCUCUGCUGUACCACAGGGAUUCAGGUACGCGUGUACCACAUCCCUUCUCUUUGAGAUGUUUUUUCCCACAUAGACUUUCACGGAAUACUGGGUCGAGUUCUCAUCCUGGCGUAAGAGAGUGGACAUUUAUUUUGUUAACUGGGUUGCCCUACCGUCGAUACCACGGUGAUGAGUAUCCUUGAAUAUAAACUGUCUUCUUCUCCAGUCUUUUCCCUGAAGAUACACCCUUGAAGUGGGAACCUCUGAUACAGCCAAGCAUGGAAAUAUUUGGAGAGUGUGAGACACUUUCCUCCCCUGCCGUCAGGGUUGUCCCUUCUGCAGUUUUCCUGUAGUAUUUCUCCUCGUUUGGGGUGUAGGCCCUGUGGCAAAGGUGCAUACGCUCUUUGCGGGUAGUGGCCGGCCUCCAAUGUGGUCCGAUGCAGCCUGCUACCUGGUUUCUGAACGCCCACGAGCCAAGGAUGGCUCUUAUUACAUUUUUAAAUGUGAUCCAUGGGUAGAUGUGAGGUUCCGCAGACCACCUUCAAAUUCAGAUUUCUGCUCUUUUUCUUAUCACUAGGUUUGGAGGUCCAAGAGCCAGAGAUUUAAGUGGGGGCUUUAGAAUCUGCGCACCUAAGCUCCAGGCUCUGUGACCUAGAACGUGACCCAGCUGCCCUGAGCCAGGGUGUUCUCAUCUGGCAGAUGAGCUGAAUGACAGUGUCUUUCUGACCAAGUUACAGGGAAGAGUAAGUAAGACAGAUGAAGCCUCUCUACUUCCUAGGAAGCAAAUGUUAGCGGUCAUUCACUGGUACCUGGUGAAUAGAUUUGAAUUGGUAGGAAAGGAGUUUCCCUGUGGCUCAUGGGUUAAGGAUCUGGCAUUGUUCUUGCAGUGGCUUGAGUUGCUGCUGUGGUCGCAAAGCAUGGCAACAACAACAAAAAAAGGAGAAUUAGUGGGCAGAAUGAAUGAGAUGAGAAUUACUUGUACUUUGGGAAGGUAGAUGAAUUUGGCUUUUUGUUUCCUUAAUUGCUUUUGCUGGGACUUCUCAAAAAUUAAAAAUACAUUCCCCUGGCUUUGGGUCAUGAAGUUCUCCUGCAUGUGCCUGGAAAGCUGGAAAAAAGGCCAGAAGAAAGGUCUGGCUGUGUCCUGGUUCCAGUCUUUUUCGGAAGAGAUGGGUGAUGAGUCCAGCCUCUGGCUGGUCGGUGGAGAGGAGAGCGGCUGGGAUACCGAAGCACCGUGUCUUGGCUGUGACCCUGAACGUGGGCUUUGGGGGAGACCAGGUUUUGUGACCCUUCCUGCUUCACUCGCAGAUGGCGUCUGAGCUCUUCCUUGAAACUAUCUCCAGCAGUUGCAGACUUGUGUGGCCAAGUAGCUGGAAGAGGGCUCAUCUGCAGUCAAAGCGUGGAGACUCAAAAGGGGCUAUUUUCGUUUGGGCUUCUCAAUGGCACCUGUUGCAGCUGAGGUCCAAGCGGGCAGUGGCUCGAAGGCGCUUCUGGGGUAGAGCCCUGACCCAGGCAGCGCCUGGCCUUGCCUGCCUGGAGGAGGAGGCCGCGUCAGCAGAGGCAGCCCCUCUCACCAGCCCCAGUCUUGCCCCUGUGGGGGCGGAGCCUCCAGCUCCUUUCUGUACAGUAAUGAUAUUCUCUUGAUAUUUAAAUGUACACUCCAGGAGGGUCUGAUUUCUGCCACAGAGUAAGCAUGGUCUUUAAAAUUUUAUUAAAAAUAUAAUACCGCCAUAUGCUCAGGCUUUCUUAUUACCCAGUCUUCUAAAAACAAAACCAUGCAACAUAAACACACCAGAUGAAGCCAGUUAAAUUUGUGUUCACUGCUGCAAUUUAAAACAUGAUGGAGGGGUUAGGAAAUGGGACUUUGAUGUUGGGGGGAUGGGGUGGGGCACAAACCUGGGACACCCGCCCUAUUCAAACCUGCGGCCAGAAGAAGCUGCCACACGCAGACUUUCUUCCUGCAUGCUUUCCAGGGAGGAGCAGGCGGUGUCCUCCGGCUGGACGGGGCCCAGGGUAGAUCUCCAGAGGGAUAGGCUUGGUCCCACCGGAGGCUGCAGCCGGCGGCGGCAGCCUGGACACCGGCCUUGUGAACAGAGGUUUCACUGUUUCUGAGGACGGCUGGUUGGGGAUCUCAUUAUGGAAUGUUAACUGCUCAGGUCUGUAAAUGCAGAGCAGGGAAGGGCGACUUCUCAUUCUCCGCUUGUAAAAGGCUCAAACCGAGUUCUCAAAGAAAUCUCUAAUACCUAAAUGUUCCUGAGACUGUUAUUCUCAGAUAGGCAUAAAUGCGCUAUUAAGCAGAAGGAAAAAAAUUGGGGCCUCCUGAGAAUUUAUUGUACUGCCUUUGAAGUCACUAAUUAACUCACUCUGUGUAAGCAGCGACUAGCAACUAAUAGGCUAAUAGAAGAAGCUUCAUGACAUUUUUGAAUUCUUCAUUCAAGGAAGGGGCUUCGGGAGCUCGUGGAGAAGAAGAGCCUCUCGCCUUUGCAGGGAGACUCUGCAGGGGCUCUCAGGGUCCAGUUUGGGUCUGUUCUUUUUUCUCUUUUUUUUUCUUUUUUCCCUCUCUUGCCAGGUAGAGGCAGGGCCGGGCCACUGCUUUCUGCUGGAACUUGGAAAGCAGGCUAGUAAAGUUGGGUUUGUGGCCGGGUGCUGCUCCACCAAGUCACAGAGGCUGACUCCCUGCCAUCCGUGGCUUCAAGGCCCAGGAGCCUCCUUGCAGGGCGAGCAGGGCUUGGACGUCUGAUCCCUGAUCCCACGCGCAGGCGAGAGGAGAGAGAACAGAAUCCCUCCGGGCCACAGGGCGUGUGCCUGGUGAGGCCUCAGACGAGCUGAUGGUGUGAGCGGCUCCUGGUCUUCCAGAUGGCAAGGAGCCCUCAUUGUGUGAUCUUUUACAGAAAGGCAGGAGGCUGCUUGCCCUGGUACCUGAGAGCUCUCUGCGCAGAGGAGCUCGCAGCCGUGACAGGCUUGCUCUCGGGGUUAUUUAAACUCUCUUCUUGUUGGCUCUGCCCCCUCUUCCCAUCCCAGGAGCCCCUUCUGGAGUAGGGUGGAGCUCUGGAAGCUGAGGAGCAGGGAGUGACGCCAGCAGCUGCCUUAGUUUGGGGACGCUUCCGAGCAGAUAGUUUCUGGCGAAGGGCUGGUGGCAUGUUGGUCGGUCUCGGCUGUGUUUUGUCUUUUGGCAGAAAUAACGCCAGAAUGUUCAGUGAGUCCUGGCACGCAGACUGCUCUGACGCAGGGCGUUUUCUCCUCUCCCUCUUCUCCCCUUGGGAUCUCCUCCUGGUUGAUGAAAGGAGGCGGUGCGGGGGGACCCAUGAAUCCUUGGGCCCGUGGUCACUGAGGGAGGGUGGCCCCUUGAAUUUCCCCCAAGCUGCACAUCCUCCUGCAGCCCUCUUGUGUUGCAGGCCCUGCUGUGGUGUAAAGGUUGCAGACAAAGGGGCGAGCUCUCUCUGGAUCCAUCCGGGCCACUCCCUCUGUCAUCCGUCAUUGUCAGUGGGAGACGUCUGUGUAGCCACACAAGGGCGAUGCCUGACCCCAGGGGCGUUGGAAGGGUUCUUGGGGGGAAGCAUUGUUUGCAUCUCUUCUUGGAAGCCAAGCUCUAGACGUUCCGGCUUAGGCAUAACUGCAGUCAGGAUGGAACCAGGCAAGAUUCUGCUUCUGAAAACUACAGGAACUCUCCCCCCGCCCCCGCAUCAUCCUGCAGGGCUUGUGAAAACAUCUCGCCUCCUCUCUUUUCCUUGCUGACGUCUCUUUGGUCAGAGUCUUAGAAUUCAGAAACAGGGAGGCGAGGACUUGGGUUCCAUUGGUUUUUAUGCAAAGAACAUCAGAAUGUAAAUGGCCCCCGAAAUAAAAGCUGACAAGAGGCAACCAACGCAUAAUAGGAAAAAAUGAAAUAAUGCUUUUUCCAAACACAGCCAGGCAAUUUGCUGGGAGGAAAGCAGAAGACGAUGCUGUUUCUUGCGCAGAAGGGGAAGGUGGGGCCUCAGGCUCGCGGAAGCACAUUAUAAACUGUGGUUAACACCCAAAUGCUGAUGGCUGAGCCUCAGUGGGCUCAGGGUGCGUGUGUGUGUGUGUGUGUGUGUGUGUGUGUGCGCGCACUUGCACACACACUCCCGGUGCAAGCGCAGCCGGUGUGGAUAGGACGCUCCCUGAUACGAAGACCCGGAGGUUGGAUGUCUCACUGUAAAUUUGUCCCUGGGCCUUCUGGGUAUUUCCCAGGAGUGAAUUUAUGUUGACAAAAACUUCAUGGGAGAGCGUCAGAGACCUGAAAAUGUCUGUGCAGGAAACUACGGUGACUCUGUUUCCCCUUUCACCGGUGGUCGUGGGAGUGAAGGCUGGGCGCGGGGACAAGCUGCACGCCUCCUUGCCCAAACCUGCCCAGGCGCAGACCUCUCAUGCUGUUGACAGGACUGUGUGGCUUCAGGCGUGGCCAGGGUUCCUCUGACCUCACUGAUUCCCCAAGGCCGUGAGUGUCUGUUUGCAGGAAGCUGGAGCCAGCCCCUUGUCCUGCUGCAGCAUCGGGCUCUGGUGAGGAUCAAGUGAGAUGCUGUGAAUGAUAAAGUGGUCCAUGGCGGAAAAGGCUCGUUUCUUUCCUUCAGGAAGGGGGCCAUGUUUGCAGGUGAGGGGUCGGGAACAGCCCCUGCCUGUGGAUGGAAACUCAGACCUGUGUUUUAAUCCAUUAGAAGAUGGCUUUAUUCUGUCAUUCAGCACGGCAAUGUUGAGGCUUCCCGAACUCAGGACUCAUUCAGCACGGACAUGUGCUUUUCUUGUUCGAAUCCCCUUUGGCUGGAAAUCUGAAUAUCCAGUCUCUUUCUCCCCCUCCCGUAGCAUUUCGUGGCCUCCUUCCCUCCCCCCAUCCGCCCUUCCUUCGGGCUCCCCGAAAUCUGAGUGCCACUUUUCUGGGAAAGCCUGAUAUUCUGACUUCAGGUUUGUAAUUUAAUGAUGGAGAGUUUCCUUAGUAAACCAAAUUUAGAGUCCUAGAAUGCUUAUCUUAUAUCCAGACCUUGAACAUAAAAGGCAUUUUAUACCCGCAAUUGUUCAUUUAAUGAGCAAUUGCAGAGUGCAGGCCGGUUAAGGGAUUGAGCUCUAUGCACUAUUAUUGCAAGAAGUAUUCCGAAAUACCAGAAAUAGGACGUAAGCUCUGAUCAGGGAGACUGCGAGCACAAUUACCUUCUUUUCAAAUCCUUCUGUGACACUGCGGGAGGAAAAAGGACUUUGAAACUUGAAAGGAAAGAGCUUGCUUUCAACCUCAAAAGCUAGGAGGAAAGGGCUCUGAAAUUUGCUCAGAAUUCCCAAUUCACCAUUAGCCUGUUUCUUCCUUUAGCCUCAAGGCAUUCUCCGCUUUUUGAAAAGAUGUUAAGAAAUGCAGUCACAAUAGAGAGCCUAGUUCUGAACAUGUUUCACUCGGUCCAUUGAGGUCUGGGCUCCAGCCUUUGUGUGGGGUGAAUUGAGCUGAACGGCUAGCUGGUUGGAAAGGGGUGAAUGAGUAGUCGCUGUGCAGUCGCAAAUUCUGGCAAAAGAAAGAAGCGCCCCCUCUUCCUUUAUUUUCCAAGAUGCAUUCCUGUACAGCCCUGCUAGUGGCCAUAUGUAGCGUGGUUCCUGUUCCUCAGUCAAUACAGGGUCCUUGGUUUAUUGCAACUCUUGUUAAGUUUGUCUUGUAAUUGAAGCUGCUAUUGACCUUGCUUGGGGACCAUUUGUAAAACCGUUUAUUUAGCAUAAACUGAAAUAAUAAACCCUCCUUCUCUCGGGCUGAUUGUGAUAGGGUGACAUUAGUUUGAUUUAAUGAUUAGCCGCCUGACCCUUCUGCUGGAGAGAGCGGCUUGAAUAGAGAGAGUUCACUCGGAAGCACUCAGAAAGAAUACUAAUGAGCUUGUUAAAUUUAGCAUGGCUCCAACCACUUUUAAUUCCUCUAAUGGGAGCAGCACGGCCUGGGAGAGGGAGAGGGCCGGGGCAGGGAGGCAGGGAGACUCCGAGAAUGUGUCUCCAGGGGUCUGUGCCGCUGGAGAAAGCCCACCAGGGGAAGUUUGCAGAAAGUAGCUAGCCAGAGCCCCGGACGGAACUAGGAUGAAAGUCCUGGACAGACGUAUCACCGAGAGCGAAGAAACGCGGUCGCCAUGCAGCCACAGAGCGUCCAGGGGCUCGGCAAGGUCAGCGAGGAGCCCUCGACUUCCAGCGACGAGAGGGCCUCGCUGAUCAAGAAGGAGAUCCAUGGGUCCCUGCCGCACCUGGCCGAGCCCUCCGUCCCGUACCGCGGGGCCGUGUUUGCCAUGGACCCCCGCAACGGCUACAUGGAGCCUCACUACCACCCUCCCCACCUCUUCCCUGCUUUCCACCCUCCGGUCCCCAUCGACGCGAGACACCACGAGGGCCGUUACCACUACGAUCCGUCUCCGGUUCCCCCGCUGCACGUGCCUUCUGCCUUGUCCAGCAGCCCCGCGUAUUCAGACCUGCCCUUGUUCAGGAUCUCCCCGCAUCGGAACCCCGCCGCAGCUUCCGAGUCCCCCUUCAGCCCGCCGCACCCCUACGUCAACCCUUACAUGGACUACAUCCGGUCUCUGCACAGCAGCCCGUCCCUGUCCAUGAUCUCGGCCGCCCGCGGGCUGAGCCCCACAGACGCCCCCCACGCUGGAGUCAGCCCAGCGGAAUACUAUCACCAGAUGGCUCUGUUGGCCGGCCAGCGCAGCCCCUAUGCAGACAUCAUCCCCUCCGCUGCCACCGCCGGCGCCGGGGCCAUCCACAUGGAGUAUCUCCACGCCAUGGAUGGCACCAGAUUCCCCAGCCCCAGGCUGUCAGCCAGGCCGAGCCGAAAACGCACACUGUCCAUAUCACCGCUGUCGGAUCAUAGCUUUGACCUUCAGACCAUGAUAAGGACGUCUCCCAACUCCUUGGUCACGAUUCUCAAUAAUUCCCGCAGCAGCUCUUCAGCAAGUGGCUCCUAUGGCCACUUAUCUGCAAGUGCAAUCAGCCCCGCCCUGAGCUUCACCUACCCUUCUGCGCCCGUCUCGCUCCACAUGCAUCAGCAGAUCUUGAGCCGGCAGCAGAGCUUAGGCUCCGCCUUUGGACACAGCCCGCCGCUCAUCCACCCCGCCCCAACCUUCCCGACCCAGAGGCCCAUUCCCGGGAUCCCCACGGUCCUGAAUCCCGUCCAGGUCAGCUCCGGCCCUUCCGAGUCCUCCCAGAGCAAGCCCACGAGUGAGUCUGCGGUGAGCAGCACCGGCGACCUCGUGCACAACAAACGCUCCAAGAUUAAGCCCGACGAAGACCUCCCGAGCCCAGGGCCGCGGGGCCCACAGGAGCAGCCAGAAGGGACGACCCUGGUGAAAGAGGAAGGGGACAAGGACGAAAGCAAACAGGAGCCUGAAGUCAUCUACGAGACAAACUGCCAUUGGGAAGGCUGCUCGCGGGAGUUCGACACCCAGGAGCAGCUGGUGCAUCAUAUAAAUAACGACCAUAUCCAUGGAGAGAAGAAGGAGUUUGUGUGCCGGUGGCUGGAUUGCUCGAGGGAGCAGAAGCCCUUCAAAGCCCAGUACAUGCUGGUGGUACAUAUGCGAAGGCACACGGGCGAGAAGCCUCACAAAUGCACUUUUGAAGGUUGCACAAAGGCCUACUCGAGACUAGAAAACUUGAAAACACACUUGAGAUCUCACACCGGAGAGAAACCGUACGUCUGUGAACACGAGGGCUGCAACAAGGCUUUCUCCAACGCCUCCGAUCGCGCCAAGCACCAAAACAGGACACACUCCAACGAGAAACCGUACGUGUGUAAGAUCCCCGGCUGCACCAAGCGCUACACGGACCCCAGCUCCCUCCGCAAACACGUGAAGACGGUGCACGGCCCGGAGGCGCAUGUCACCAAGAAGCAGCGCGGGGACGUGCACCCCCGGCCCCCGCCCCCGCGGGACUCCGGCGGCCACUCGCAGGCCAGGUCACCCGGCCGGCCGACGCAGGGGGCCCUCGGGGAGCAGAAGGACCUCAGCAGCACUACCUCAAAGCGGGAAGAAUGCCUCCAAGUGAAAGCCGUCAAGGCGGAGAAGCCCAUGACAUCUCAGCCAAGCCCUGGUGGUCAGUCUUCAUGCAGCAGCCAACAGUCCCCCAUCAGCAACUAUUCCAACAGUGGCCUCGAGCUUCCUCUGACCGAUGGAGGUGCUGUGGGCGACCUCAGCGCCAUCGAUGAAACCCCCAUCAUGGACUCGACCAUUUCCACGGCAACCACAGCCCUGGCUUUGCAAGCCCGGAGGAACCCGGCAGGGACCAAAUGGAUGGAGCAUGUCAAACUGGAAAGGCUCAAACAAGUGAACGGACUGCUUCCACGACUGAACCCCAUUCCACCCCCCAAAGCCCCUGUGGUCUCUCCUCUCAUAGGACACAGCACGCAGCCGGGCACCAGCUGCAGUCUGGGCGGGCCCGCGCCCCUGCUCCCGAACAGAAGCGACCUUUCGGGCGUGGACCUCACCGUGCUGAACGUGCUCGACCGGAGAGACAGCAGCACCAGCACCGUCAGCUCCGCCUACCUGAGCAGCCGCCGCUCCUCCGGCAUCUCCCCCUGCUUCUCCAGCCGCAGGUCCAGCGAGGCGUCCCAGGCCGAGGGCCGGCCCCAGAACGUGAGCGUGGCCGACUCGUACGACCCCAUCUCCACCGACGCCUCGCGCAGGUCCAGCGAGGCCAGCCAGGGCGACGGCCUGCCCGGUCUGCUCAGCCUCACCCCCGCCCAGCAGUACCGCCUGAAAGCCAAGUACGCCGCCGCCACGGGCGGCCCGCCGCCCACCCCGCUGCCCAACAUGGAGAGGAUGAGCCUCAAGACCAGGAUGGCCCUGCUGGGCGAAGGCAGGGAGCCCGCGGGGACGCUGCCUCCCGUGCACCCUCCCCGGAGGUGCAGCGACGGCGGGGCCCACGGUCACAGCCGGCGCCCCCUGCUGCCCCAGGACGCGCUGGGCAUCGGCGUGAGAAGGGCCAGCGACCCGGUGAGGACCGUCUCGGAGAGCCUCUCCCUGCCCCGGGGGCAGCGGUUCAACAGCCUGCACAGCUUCAACCCCCCGGGCUUGGCGCCCGCCCUGGAAAAGCGCCACCUGGUGCUGCAGAACUACACGCGGCCCGAGGGGGGCCCGGCCCGCCACUUCCGCGCGUCUCCCUGUCCCCCGAGCAUUAGCGAGAAUGUCACCAUGGAGUCCCUGACCCUGGGCGCCACCGUGGACCUGAACGAUGAGGACCUCCUGCCUGACGACGUGGUGCAGUAUUUACAUUCCCAGAACCAGGCAGGGUACGAGCAGCCCUUCCCCAGCGCCCUCUCCGACGACGGCAAAGUGCCCCACGGGCCCAGCUUGGGGAGCGGGCCCCACGACUUUGACCCACUCGGGCUGCCCGACAGCCACGCCGGCCACACCGGCCAGCAGUACCGGGGGCUGGAGCCGCCCUGCGCGGAUGCCAGUAAACCCGACCUGCCGAUCCAGUGGAACGAAGUCAGCUCGGGCAGCGCCGACCUGUCCUCCUCCAAGCUCAAGUGCGGCCAGCGCCCCGCGGCGCAGCAGGCCCGAGCCUUCGGGCUGUACAGCAGCACGGGCGUCCACCCGCAGAAUUCCCUGAGGAGCGGGGCUGGCCCGGCGGGGGGGUAUCCGACCCUUGGGGAGCACGGCAGCGCCUUCGGCGGCCCAGAGCCCUUGGUGAGCCACAGCGGCGGAGCUGGUACCAACGGAAACGCCUUCCACGAACAGCCCUGUAAGGCCCAGCAGUAUGGGAACUGCCUCGCCAGGCAGCCCGGCGCCCCCAGCUUGCUCGAUGCGGGGAUCCAGGCGGCGAAGCUGAGAAGCAGCAUGCAAGGGAGCGGGGGCCAGCCGGAUUUUGGCCUGUUGGUGGCGCCGAAUGAGUCCGCUGGCAGCCCCGGGAACGGCAUGCCCACCCAAGACCCGGUGGGACAGGGGUACCUGGCGCAUCAGCUCCUUGGCGACAGCAUGCACCCCCAGGGGCCAGGCCGCCCCGCGCAGCACACGCUAGGGCAGGGUAGCGCUACCUCACACCUCCACGUCUACCAGGGGCCGGAGGGCGGCCUGCCCGGGCCCCCCAACAUCGGCGGCCAGCUGUCCGGCGUGGCAGGCAUCAGGGGCUACCAGCCGUGUGCCGGCUACGGGGGCAGCCGGCGCCAGGCUGGGCCGAGGGGCAGCCUGGCUCUGCCGCCGUCGGGACAGCUCAGUGACACGAGUCAGACCUGCAGGGUGAACGGCAUCAAGACGGAGAUGCCAGGGCCGUCCCACCCGCUCUGUUCCAACGUGCAGAGUUUCUCUGGUCAGUUCUAUGACCGCCCCGUUGGCUUCAGUCAGCAAGACACGAAAACGGGUUGCUUCUCCAUCUCCGAAGCCAACUGCCUGCUCCAGGGGGCCAGCGCCGAAACCUCCGAGUUACUCUCCCCAGGUGCUAACCAGGUGACAAGCACAGUUGACAGCCUCGACAGCCAUGACCUGGAAGGGGUGCAGAUUGAUUUCGAUGCCAUCCUCGAGGACGCGGACCACGCCAGCCUGAUGUCAGGGGCACUGAGCCCGAGCAUCAUCCAGAACCUUUCUCACAGCUCCUCCCGCCUCACGACCCCGCGCGCGGCCCUGCCGCUGCCCGCGCUGCCCGCCAGCAGCACCAACAUGGCCAUUGGGGACAUGAGUUCGCUACUGACCUCCCUUGCAGAAGAGAGCAAAUUCCUCGCAGUUAUGCAGUAGGCGUUAGGAAACCAGGACCGCCCAGAGACCUGAGACUUUAGGAGUUUAAAAGAUGAAAUGGACCCUUUUUUAUUUUUAUUUUUUGCUAGUUUGUUGUUUUUUGGGUUUUGUUUUAGUUCUGUAUGUAUUUUAGCAAUCUCAUGUCACCUGACUGGGAUGUGUGUCAAGAAUAUUCCUUUUAUGGAAAAGGACUGAAAAAAAAAACAAAAACCCUAAAGUAUUCUAGGGAGAAACUGUCUUCCAUUUCAGUUUUGAAUCAGUAUUGUUACUCUCGAAACACCUUCUUUUAAAAAAAAACAAAAAACUGUAAGCCCACUCCUCCCCCCAUUUUUUUAGUAAACCGCUGUCAAUGUGUGAUGUGCACGUCCUUUCUUUUCAGACAGAGGUCACAAGAAAGGAUCUGACGUGUUUCUCUGUGACUCCCGAGGCAUAGGAGUGGGUGGGAUUCUGACCCAGGGGUCCUCCUUCCGGCUCUUUACAGCUCCCUUCACGUCGGCUCAGCGUUUAUGCCGUGUUUCGUUUCUCUUGGUUUCCGUUCCCGUGUCGGGCACAGCAUCGGCCGUGGAUAGCGAGUUUGGGGAUCGUUUCGGAUGCGCACCGGAGCAUCGACCACAGGUUUUUCGAGAUGCUCCUUGGCCCCAGUUCCGCUCAGGUCCUCCUUCUGAGAGAUGUGCACAGGUCGACAUCUGGGGCCCUUGCAGAAUUGGUUUGCUCAUCGUAGGGGUGGAAAUUCUUCCUGUCGCACGUGUGCUUCGGGUGGGGCCGUCUCUGUGGUUGGUUCUCGGUCAUCGACCCGGAGUCCCCGCCGGCUCUGUUUGUGAACGCCGGUGCCGUUCCAGGGAGAGAGAGGAAGAGCACUGGGUGACACUCAGGGCUGUGGUCACUGUCAUCUGGUGAGAAGCAGACAGAGCUCAGAUUCCAGCUAUUGUGUAGAAGCGGUUUGGGGCGUAUUGGUGGGUUGGCUGCGUUUGCUGGUUCCUUCCAUCUACUGGCCCGCUACCACGGAUAACUGAGAAUUGAUUGCUUACGGUUCUGAGUGUAUAGAGUAUACUUAACCCCACGGCCGGCUGUGUCAUUAACAUAUAUUAAUUCCACUCUAGUGAAAGAGUACAUCUACUCUAAGUGGCCCUGCUUUAGGGGAUUGAGAAAACUUAGCUAUAAAAGAAAAAAUAAAAAUAAAAACCUCACAGAGAUUAUUUGGAAUAAAUUGCUUCAAACCUUUUUUUUUUUUUUUUUUUUGCACUCACAGCAUAUGGAGGUUCCCAGGCUAGGGGUCUAAUUGGAGCUGUAGCUGCGGGCCCACACCACAGCCGCAGCAACGCCAGAUCCAAGCCGCAUCUGCAACCUACAGCAAGGCUGGAUCCUUAACCCACUGAGCGAGGCCAGGGAUCGAACCUGCAAGCUCAUGGUUCCUCAUCGGAUUCGUUUCCACUGCGCCACGAUGGGAACUCCGCUUCAAACAUUUUAGUGUUGAAAAGUACUAAGAAAGGAGUUUAGCACUCUGUGUGGAUACCGUUUUUUGCAGCCAGUCUAGGAAAGGAUGCAUCCAUUAAGACAUUUGUCUUUAAUGUGGACUUAAUCCGGACUUCUGUUUUGGAUUAAAACAUUUAAAGAUUUUAAAAUUGCAGCUCCUACCCAUGUGCAGUUGCUCCACAUAAAAGACAUACUGUGUGUGCACAGACUGCACGCAUUAUCCAGCAUUUUACUCUGAAGAAUACGUAAACUAUGAAACAAGGACUUGGGCUCCUCAGAUUAGCUGCUGUAUUCUGUCCCGCUGACCCUGGCGUUGCAUUUAUCCAGAGGGAUUCAUGAGUCAAUUCCGUGACAUUUACCCUUUACUCAGGCCAUUUAAAUUAGCUGAAGACGAUAAUCAAGAGUCCCUCAUGGUUAAGGACCCAGCGUUGUCCCUGCUGCGGCUCAGGUCGCCGCUGGGACAAGGGUUUGAUCCCUGGCCUGGGGACGUUCUGCAUGCCAUGGGCGUGGCCAAAAAUAAAGAUAAAAAAUUAGCAGUAGACAAAAUCCAAUCAAAUAUCAUGUCAUAGAAAGAAUAUUAGGACCAGUGCAUUGUUCUCAUGUUUGUGUUCUCCCCGGUGGACCACGAAUCCCAGUGUGGAAGCAAAGCUGCCCUCUGGGACUUUGUGACUCAGACAGCUGGGUCUGCUUUCCACUCGAUGGGAGCAGAAGGAGGCUGAGGUUCUCCCACCCGCUCCUCCCCGCCUUCCCCUGCCCCAUGUCGCACCUUUUAGGUCAAAAGACGCCUCCGCUUUGGAACAGGGCCCCACAUCAGAAGACAGGUAGUGAUGUGAACAAGCAGAGGUACGUCUGCUGCUUUUCGGCAGAAAGAUCAAGGCGCUCUCCCAUGGUCCUCAAACAGGUCAGGUUCUGGUCACACGAUCGGUACUCCAUCCCCGAAUCUCGUCUUGCCCUGAACUCCGAACCUCCAGGUCCUGGUGUGGUCGCGCAUGCUCCUGCGGCCCGGCCCGGCCCCUGUCCUCCUCCUCCUCCCCCGCUGGACCCCUUUUCCCGCCAGCCUUUCUGGGUGUGCCUUUCUCAGUCACCAUCAUUUCCCGCGUCGCCUUUGCUCUGCUUGGAAGGAUGUGUCUCUGCUGGUUCCCUUGGUUUCUGGUCAUUCUCUGGGGCACCUCUUACCUGUUCUCCUUGCUCCUGCCUCCAGAUUUGCAGGAGAUGCUCACUCAAGCUUCGGCUUGGUUUGGCUUCUCUCAAUAUGGGAAACUCAAAAGGAUGAGGGGGCGGAAAAGGAAAGUGGUCUUUUGCAGGCUGACGAUCAGUUGUGACAGGCAGUGGCAGGAGGAUCUCUUGGGGUCGUGUGCAAAGGUCCCGUCCAGAUAGGCGUCUCUGUAGACCUGGCAUCUCCCGGGAUGGGACCCACCCCGAGCCUCCAAUCUUCUCUCCGCCUCUCUGGCCCUAGCAUUUAGGGAGAGACCACCAGCUCUCUAGGCUUACAUCCUGCUUUUUAACGCAGGCUCAUAUUCCGGUCGGGCUGUUUAACACCUGUGUUAAACAUGUUUUUCCUUGUCAGUCACUUUGUUUUCUUUUUCAAAGACCUGAUUGGACUGCCCCUGCUCCUCACACAUUGGCUCACCCUCUUGAGCCACAGAGUUUUGAUUCUUGCGAUGUAUGUGCCUUAUUUUAUGUUAAUCUCGUGGAAGCGAAGGCCCCGUUGGUGUCGCCCCAUCAGGGCUCGAGGCUGCGUGCGCCCCGGCUGAGCGCACACGACUGCAGCGGAGCCUGAGCUGUCUUGUAACCUGCUUCCCAUGUUGUUUUGAACUGAUCGGAGGAUGUCCUCUUCUGACAAGUUACUGUCGUGUAUCCUGCAAACGUGUAAGAUAAAGUCCAAGUUCAUUGUUUUCACCUUUUUUAGAUUUUUUUAAAAAAUAAAAUGUGUAAUCCUUUUUUAAAAGAAACACGUGUAAAUACAUUUAAGUAUUGUAGGCAUAGUGUUCGGAUGUGGCCCACCCCGGGCCUUCCUCGGAUCAGCCCGUAGCCCCUGCGAUGCCCCCACCCCACGUCCCGCCCGCCUCAAGCCCGGGGCUGCUGCCUCGCCACAGAUGGACUGGACUUUUGCUUUCGGAACCACUUAGUCUUUUUGUAACAAAGAGAAAGAACAAUGUUUCUUACAAGGUCAAUAAAAAGCUCUUUGUACUGAA